AUGGUACAUGAAGUACUUACCAUACCACAUAACCUUCAAAAGUAAUUUCUCAUAGAUUUAUCCGGUAUUAUUUGAAAAGGAAUAAAAUCUCUCUAUAAAUCCUCUAGAAACGGUCCUGCAUUUUACAUAUAUUUUUAUUUACAAAUUUCCCUAUAAUGUUUAAACGAAAACUGUCAGCUUUACAGUACCCCAAUUCGGAUUCACUUAAUGCUAAUGAUGAGCAACAAUUUCGGAAGGUGAUUGUGUGGCUCGAAGAGAACAAAAUAAAAAAAUACAAAGCGGAUAAACGGGCGAUUAGUGACGUCAAUUCUUCAAAUUGGAAAAACUCGUUUGAACAAUACAAGCGAGACGUUCUAUGCCCUGUAAAACCGAACUUAACCAUUGAGGAAUUGGACUGGUUUUUAAAUUUUGCUUUAGACAUCGAAUAUCUUAAAAAUAAGAGUAAGUACGAGCAGCACUCUCUGGCUGUUAUAAAAUCUGCAAGUAUACCAAAUGUAGUGGCAGACAACCCAUUAGAUUGCUUAGACUUUGGAGGAGAUGACUUUAAAAAUGGUGUAGAUUGCAUUGCGAAGAUGUUAAAAAUAUCUCCACAUCCUAAUCCCUUGGUAACGCUUAAAGCUUGUAGCAAGUUAAUUUGUAGUAGACUCAAUCCUGAGUCCAUAAAGAAUCCCAACGACUUUAUUAUAAAGGGAACACCAUUUCCGUAUGAGGAUGCUAUUAAGGGCUACAAUUUAGGUGAUCCAAUACUAAGUAAAGCUGCCAAAAGUCUUCGACUGUUAUAUAUACAAAACUUAAGAGAUCUACAAACGCAAUGUAACGAAAGCAUUGUGUUUGUGCAAAACAUGACUGCUAAUCCAAAGACCGAUACUAAACUUGGUAAAGUUGGAAAAUAAGAUGUUAUUUAUUAUGUAACUUAAAAGUAUGUAACCCAAUAAAACAUGAUCUGAUCUAAUU